AUGUAUGUUUCCGUGUUCUCCAGGCAGGAGAAGGAGGCGUGGAUCAAGUACAAGUAUGUGGAGAAGCGCUUCCUGAAGAAGCUAGGGGGCGCUGCGCUGGUGGAGGCUGAGAGGAAACACCGGCCAUGGACAGUGAAGAAGUGUCAGAGGAGCAGCGGCUCUAUGCGACGUUUGAACAAAACACGCCGGAAAUACAAACGAUACGAACCGGGGAGCGUGAACGCUGCUAAUCUGUCUGCAGCCGCUGCAGCAAAAUUUCGUCGAGAUUCCUUGUUCUGUCCUGAUGAGCUGGAUUCACUGUUCUCGUACUUUGACACUGGCUCUGGCCCCCGCAGUCCGGCCGGUCUUAGUAGCGACUCAGGGCUAGGGGGCAGCACUGAUGGCAGCACAGAUGUUUUAGCUUUUGGAUCUGUUGUGGACAGCGUCACAGAAGAAGAGGAGGAGUCAGAGUCUUCCAGUGGGGAGGUGGAGAUCGAGCAGGAGCCCUCAGACUCAGAGGACCCACGGGAGUUGCACCCAGGUGCCACAUUACACCCAGGGGUGCUCCUGCUCCGAGCCGCUCGUCUGCACAACCUCCCGCUGAUGGCAGAGUCGUUAGCCCACGGAGCCGACGUGCACACAUCCACAGAGGAGGAGGGCAAGACCGCACUCAUACAGGCUGUCAUAGGGGUGAGAUGA